AGCAACUCGUCUGCUAUGCCGGGUGCUAUUACAGGUCAUUUGGAUCCGGUUUCAAUUGCAGUGGCAGAACUUGACAAACAGGUCGUGGCACCGCCUUCAGACCAACACCUGUAUUUUCCGAUCCUUUAUAAAAACGCACCCAGCCUCCCCGCAGACUAGAAACCACGACAAGGGCUCCAGCACUCAUCAGGGGCGAAACUGACGUCGCCUGAUUUACAGCACAGCCAAUCCCCGCUGCAGCUUCACUGACAGCCAGACGCUCCUCUCUAAGCCGAUCCACUCGGAAUUAGAGCGCCGCUCUCGCAGAGGAGAAACCAAACAAGGCGAGAAACUCGGGUCGCUUUCAUUUCCCCCCCCAAAAAACAACAACAACCUCUCGUCAACAUGAUGAUGCAGCUGCCAGAAUCCUACAUCCAGAAGAACUCCCUCUUCAACGCCAUGAACCGCUUCAUCGGCGCGGUCAACAACAUGGACCAGACCGUCAUGUUGCCCAGCAUGCUGCGGGACGUCCCGCUGGAGGAGGACAGGGAGAUGAGCUCCCUGAAGUCGGACGAGGACGAGGGGGACAUGUACAGCUACUACCAGCUGCUCAAGUCCAUCCGCAGCGACGUGGAGUUGGGGGUGCGUUGCGAGGCGGCCGACGGGAGGCGCAAGGAGGGCAUGGUGAUCAGCCGCAUGAACUCGUCCGCGUCCAUCGCCUCCAGCCUGUCGCUGUCGUCGUCAGAGGAGGAGUACGAAGAGGAGGAGGAGGACGAGGACGAGGACUUGCAGAAGCAGGUCCAGUACCACCUGACCGGGCUGCAAGGAGUGCUGUCCAAGCUCACGCUGCAGGCCGACUUCCUCACCAAGCGCUACAAGCAGGAGGUCGGGAUCGGCCAGUACUGAGAGCCCACUUUAAAAAAAAUUGUAUUACACUUCUCUAUGGGCCUUAUUACUACUGAUGAAAUUUGUGAAAGAACAUUUGAAUGGUAGAGAACAAAAAGUGGGUCAUUUUCUAUCUGUGUGGGCUCUUAUGUGGUAUUAUUGACUGCGGAUGUGUCGAUGCGAGAAGGAAGCGUGGUGCGCACUCCAACAGUUGGGUCCGCAUCGCGCCUUAAUCCCCGUGGCGCACAGAUGAAACAUAUUUAAAACUUUUGAAAAAAACAAAAAACAACCUUUUUUGUAUUUAAUGUAUUAUUUAUUACCUCACGCUGAAUAGCGUGUGAGCCUAAAUGUUGUGUCGAAAGCCGGAGAAGGAGGAGAGGACUGCAUGAACCCGCACGGCCCCGCGCGGUCUGAACCGAUACUGACGAAAGAUUCGGCUUCCUGUUUGUGUCGCCGAGGAUGUCAGUGUGUUCAGACGCACGUGGACCCGUGUGUGUGUGUGAUCGGUUCCCCCCUUCAAAUCGGACGUGUCUGUUGUGUCUGUUGUGUCUUUAGACUCCUCUCGCGCGGAGGGAGGCAGAUGCUCACUGCCUGUGAUCUCCUCGUGCCCCACAUGGCCAAUGAACCAGAAAUGAUGCUUCUCUGCAUGCAGAGAAUAAUGAGGGGGGGGGGGGUUCCCACCAAGAUGCUGUUGUUGUCAUUGUCAUUUAUUUGCUAUUAUUAUUAAUAUUAUUAUUAUGCCAUUGUUUGUGUCCAUCUGUCGAAAAUAAGCGUAUGCGUUUAUGCACCUUCUGCACUACUUUUGUACUGAUAACAUUUGUUUCUAAAAAAGAGAAAAUAAACUUUUAUAUGAAUUUA